CCCAGCCCCAGGGAUGCUGGAUUUUUCCAGCCGCACCAUCUUGCCUGCUCUGCUGUAAUUUAUGGAAACUGGUUUCUGAUGUGGGGCUUUUUCUGUUACCACAGGGACCCACCAACUGGAGAAGGCAAAGCUGCAGUGAGGGCAGGAGAAGGGACAGAGAGGGAGAGGUGAGGAGCAGAGGGACACGGAGGGUUUGGAGAGGACAGAAGGAGAAAAAAGCACAGAGACAGUUCAGAGAUGGGUGAGUUAUAACUAAGAGAGCAGGAAGAGAAGCAGAGAAAGGGAGAGAAGGAGACCUGUGAGGAAGGGAAAAGGAAAGGAGCUCAGAGACUGAGUCAGCCUCAGGAAGGCAAACACCAGGAGGUAAGUGCAGGGAACACCCCAGCAUACCAAGAAGGACCUGUUCUGUCUGAAUCUUCACCAUGAGCUCAAGGAAGAGCUUCUCACUGCUACUGGGGAAAGGAGACCAGGAGGAAAAGCAGAGUGAGGGUACUCCUGACCUGGAACAACGGGAGUGUGAGGUGGAGCUCAGAAGCAAAGCUAUUUUGCAUCAGAAGAGGCGCCUUAAACAGGCCAUCCAGUUUGUGCACAAGGACUCUGCUGACCUGCUGCCCCUGGAUGGCUUGACAAGGCUUGGCACCUCCAAGGAUCUGCAGCCACAUAGUGUGGUCCAGCGGCGCCUCUUGGAAGGCAAUCUGAACAAGCUGCGGGUCGAGACCAGGGUUCAGUCUGCAUGGGUUCAAUCUCCGCUGGCAAAAGACCAGGAUGAAGAGAUGGAAAAGGGAGAGGAUAGGAGAAAAGAAACUUCACCCCUGCUAAUACAGUGCCAGUGCCAAGGUCAGGCGUUGAAAGCGACUGUUAACACUGGGUGUCUACCCAAUCUCAUCUCCAAGAGAUGUUUAAGCCAGCUGGGGCUGGAAGAAGUGUCUGCCAUGGACAGUGGAGACCUCUCUCUUCCCAUCCCCAGCGUUGUUGGCCACAUAGAACAUAUGGAGUUACAAUUUGGCCAGGAGACAGUGCUAUGUUCAGCACUGGUUGUAGAUGACGAAAUGCUGGAGUUUUGCAUUGGUCUCCAGACUCUGUUGUCUCUCAAGUGUUGCAUCGACUUGGAGGAAGGAGUCCUGAGAUUUAAAGCACUGAGUCAAGAGCUGCCUUUUCUACAUGCCUCUGAAGAGCCUGGUCAGUGACUGACUGCAUUCGCCAUGUCUGGGGCUGAGGAGACUUGCAGCUAUGAGAGAGAGAUGAGGGUGAGGCUCACACGCCCCUAACCUUGCUGAGUUCUGGGCUGAGGCAUUCACUGGGAAGCAACGAAAGGGUGCUGGAAGCUGUUGUUGGUGCGAGUGCCUCACCUUGAGAGGUAUCCCUCCUUUCAGCGGACCCUCUUGCUUGUCCUCAUGUGCCACAUGGGCAUUUUGUUCUUGUUUUUCCUAUCUGUCCCAAGUCACUCCAACUUCUGCUUCUGUAUUAAAUUUGCCCUACCCUUAUUCUUACAAUACCCUCUGUUCAUGAGACAAGAAAGUCUCUGUAAACAAUCUCCAGUUGUUCUGUGGACGGGAGGGCAUUGCUUUCUCCACAAGUCUCCAAAUAUUUAUGUGAAUGUUUCCCUCCUCUUUGCCUCCAUGUGACCGGACCCCACUCCCUUCUCUUCCUGGGAAAGUCUCUGUGGCCACUCCCCUCACCUGUGUUCUGGGAAGCUGGAUUUUGUUACUUUUUGCUGGCUCGGAGCACAACAGAAGUAUUUCAUUGGAAAAACCUUGCAGCAAGAACACUCUUACAGUUUUUAAUUUUAAGAAACCUUUGCAGAAAUGCAGGGUAUAGUUGCCUAGAGUACAGUGGACACACACAGAGUCUUGGGCUUUGUCACUACAUCCUUGGCCACUAAGCCAUAUUAUAUGAAUGGCAAUGCUUAUAAUCUCUUGGUGUUAUACAUCAUAGUAACUAGACUUGCACACCCCGUUGUUCUGACCAGGCCUCUGCUUGCUGCGCUCCAUCUUCUAGAGCUCCAUUCCUGUCACCUCUGCUGCAUCAUUGGAGAUUCUGCCACUCAGUUUAAAUAUUGUGAAGAAUCACAGCACCCAGAGUCUUCUGCUCUGUCAGCUCCUUUCUUUCAACUUGAAGUCUAGUCACUGGACACAGAUACAUCAUCAGCCUCAAGUCCUGGCAUCUCAGAGGCCAUCGACUUUGCUAGUCCUGCAUGAAACAAGAACUAGACUUCCUUGCAGUAUCAACUCAGGCCAGAAAACUGUGAACUCAUCUGGGAUGACCAGGGUGUUUAUUAAGUCACUAAAUUGUUGGGUUUUUUUAAUUUUUUUUAUUCCAUAGCAGUAUGAUAGAUAGUCUAUUCUUUACUAGCUCUAGGAAAGGUGCACCAGAUCUGGGCUUGUUCCAUGCCUCAUGACUACUGAUUUGCCAUCCAAACUCUGCACCAGUGUCCCUUUGUCCACCCUUAGAAUGUCAUGACGUCUCCAUUUUGCCUAUCUUCCUGAAUUAAAUACUGCUGACUCUCUUCCUUAUCAAACCACUCAUUCUUUCUGUUGUGCUUCUCAAAUUACUUACGUAUCUAUUUUUGCUUUUUUCUGUUAGUUCUUUCCUAAAUCAGAUGCUGUAUGCUGUAGUUUAUCACAUACUGAGGGCAGCAGAGUACCACUGUUAGUGGGUGUGACUGGCAUCUGCUCCUCCUACAUCUGCCUAGUGGCUAGUGAUUUUUAUUGUUAGUCAUCAUACCUUGCAGCAUCUGAUCUGUUCCUUGGCUUCUUUGCCAUUCUGUUUGUGCAUCUGAUUAUUUCUGGUUGCAUGAACUGCUUUCCGUGAAUCUCCUGAAUGAUAUCAACAGUUCUUUCAUUUAUGUCAGGACCUAUGUCUACUCGAUGAGCCUGUCUUCCAAAGUACCAGUAAUUCCUCCUGGAUUUUUAUCCCUUGCAUGUCUGCUCGGCUUCUCAAACCCCAGGGUCUUUAAUGACAGUUUAGACUUCUACUAAACCAUAAUGUGUGUCAGCUGGAAUCUACAUAGUACCUAGGUUAACUCUGCUGAAAAAAAUUUGUUUGCUAUAGAUGAGAUACAUGUUCCUGUGUGCAGCAACAUGCCUAGUUUCUAACUCUCAUUGUCCUCUAAAAAAGGUAUGUGAAACAACAGCAAAUAAUCCGCUAAAGCUGACUGAUACCACAUCCAUUACAUCUCUUAUUAGCCAUUAACUUCUAUGAUCUAUUAAAAAGAAGACAAACCCUAAACAUUAAAGCUAACUCUAGCCCUAACUGAAACCCUAAACCCUAAUUCUAAAUCUAACCCCUAAAGCUAACCCUAACCUUAAAUCCUAACCGUUAAAUCUAACCCAAAACCUAAACCUUAAUGCUAACCCUAACCCUGACCCAUAAUCCUAAAUACAAGCCCCUAACCAUGAACACAAACUCUAAACAUAAUGCCCCAAAUCUAACCCUCUAACCUUCUUACUCUAACCACCUAACCCUAACUCAAUUCCAAAACAUAAACCUAAUCCUAAACAUGCUAACUAUAAACCCUAACCCGCAAACCUAACCCUAAUCCCUAAUCCUAACGUCUAACCACUAAACCUAUCCAUAAACUCAACCCUAACACCAACCACUAAAGAUGACCCUAACUCUAAACCUUAUGACAAACCCUAACCCCUGAAUGUUAAUCAUAAACCUAACCACCUAAAUCUAACCUGUUAACCCCCAAACUCUAACCUCAUAACCACAACCUUAAUCUCAAUUCCUAAACUUUAACAAUCACUCUAAUUCCUAACCCUAAACCAUAAUGGUAACCCUAUAUCCCUAACCCCCUAAGCCUAUCACUAAUCUUAACCCUAAACCAAACCUCUAAACCUACCACUAAUCUUAGACCUAAAUGCUAACACUAACCCUAACUCUAACCCCAAACCCUAAAGAUAACCCUUAACCCUAACAUUAAACCUAAACCUGACCCUAACACUAGACCCCUGAUCCCAACCCAAACUUUUAAAUCUAUCCCUAACCUUUAAUGUAACCCCUAAUGCUACUCUAAACUAAACCUAAUCCUAACAUAAAACCUAACGUGAAACUUUAAUGCUGACCCAAACCCCUACCCUGACCAUAACCACUAAUUCUAAUCUUUGGCCCAUAACCCUAAACACUAAACCUAACUCCCUGAAUCUAACUACCUAACUCUAUUUCACUUAUUCUAACUCCCUAAAACUAAUUUCAAAACCCAACCCUAAUCCUAAAUCUAACACUAUCUCUAACCCUAACCCCCUAAAUCUAACCCUAAUCAUAAACUUACCCCCUAAACCUAAACCACUAAAUCUAACCCCCUAACCCUAAUCUUAAAACUAACUCUAAUCCCUAAUCUCUAAAUCUGACCAUAUUCCUAACCCACUAAUCCUAACUCCUAAUGUUAUUCCUAACCCUAAUGCUAUCCCUAACUUCUAACCCUAGCCCUAACUCCAAACCUUAUAAUUUAACCUAAUCCCUAACCCUAAACCCUGAUCCCUAACUCUACACCAAAGACUAACCCUAAACCUAAGUGUAAACCCCAUCACCUAACCCUAACACUAUUUGAUAGCUUUUGUCAGUGUCCACAAAGGGUCCUGCUUUCCCUCCUGAAUGCCUGAAAGCUUUAUCCAGGCUUUGUGGAAGCUGGCCUGGGGCCUUCCAGCACAUCCCUGCAGUUUUGACAGGCUUUGCUGAUGCCCAGGCAGUCUCUGCUGCCUUCCAGAGUGUCUGACAGCUUUUGCCAGGCUUUGCUGAUACCCACAAGCAGCUGCCAAGGGAAGGCGAGGGCCACCAACAGCUUUCAGUCCUGGCGACUUCUGUGCGGGAGCCCUAGGCAGUGGGUGUGCAUUUUGGAGCUGGGCUCUGGUGAGGAUGAGGGGGUAGGUGAGGAUUAGGUGGUAGAGCAACCAUAGAGCCUCAGUGUUGGUGAGGCUGUGAAGGGUCUGCCGAUGGAAAGGGAUGGCCACGAACAGCUUUUGGUCCUGGCCACUUCUGUCUGGGAGCCAGGGUGUCCAUUCUGGAGCUGUGCUCUGGCUAGGGUGAAGGUGUUGGUGACUGGGAGUCUUCACAGAAUGUUAGGGAUUGGAAGGGACCUCGAAAGAUUAUCCAGUUCAAUCUCCCUGCUAGAGCAGGCACACCUAGAUGAGGUUAUACAGGAAAGCGUCCAGGCUGGUUUUGAAUGUCUCCAGAGAAGGAGACGCCACAACCUCCCUGGGCAGCCUGGUCCAGGCUCUGUCACCCUCACUGAGAAGAAGUUUCUUCUCAUAUUUAAGUGGAACCUCCUGUGUUCCAGUUUGUACCCAUUGCCCCUUGUCCUAUUGUUGGUUGUCACCAAGAAGAGCCUGGCUCCAUCCUCGUGACACUCACCCUUUAUAUAUUUAUAAAUGUUAAUGAGGUCACCCCUCAGUCUCCUCUUCUCCAAACUAAAGAGACCCAGCUCCCUCAGCCUUUCCUCAUAAGGGAGAUGCUCCACUCCCUUAAUCAUCUUUGUUGCCCUAUGCUGGACUCUCUCCAGCAGUUCCCUGUCCUGUAACUGAGGGGCCCAGAACUGGACACAAUAUUCCAGAUGCGGUCUCACCAGGGCAGAGUAGAUGGGCAGGAGAACCUCUCUCGACCAGCUAACCACUCUAAUACACCGCAGGAUGCCAUUGGCCUUCUUGGCCACAAGGGCACAGAGCUGGCUCAUGGUCAUCUUGCUGUCCACCAGGAUCCUCAGGUCCCUUUUCCCUACACUGCUCUCUAACAGGUCAUUCCCCAACUUAUACUGGAACCUGGGGUUGUUCCUACCCAGAUGCAAGACUCUACACUUUCUCUUGUUAUAUUUCAUUAAAUUUUUCACUGCCCAACUCUCCAGCCUGUCCAGCUCUCGCUGGAUGGCAGCACAGCCUCCUGGCGUGUCAGCCACUCCUCCCAGUUUGGUGUCAUCAGCAAACUUGCUGACAGUCACUCUAUUCCCUCAACCAAGUCAUUGAAUAGUACUGGUCCCAGUACCGACCCUUGAGGCACUCCCCCAGAUACAGACCUCCAACUAGACUCUGCCCCGUUGAUCACGACUCUCUGGCUUCUUUCCUUCAGCCAGUUCACAGUCCACCUCACUACCCGAUCAUCCAGGCCACGCUUCCUCAGUUUAGCUGCAAGGAUGCUGUGGCAGAUGGUGUCAAAUGCUUUACUAAAAUCAAGACAGACCACAUCCACUGUUUUGCCAUAAUCUAUCCACCUGGUUAUGUCCUCAUAAAAGGCUAUGAAAUUGGUCAAGCAUGACUUCCCCUUGGUGAAGCCAUGUUGACUGCCCCUAAUGACCCCCUUAUCCUUGAAAUGCUCCACGGCAGGAGCUGCAGCUCUAGCUACAGGAAAGCAGUGAGCCUGGGCAAGAAGAGUAAUAGGUGAGACUGAUGGUUGACACUAGUAAAUGCCUUGGGGCACUGAAAGACAAGAAUUACACAGUCGGGUUGGGGGGGGUGAGGGGGCAGGGCCCUUAAAGAGGUACUUUCAACUGGGCAAACAUUUUAUUUUAUUUUUAAACUAGCCAGACACAUGAACUUUAGCAAUUGCAUGUUAUUUUAAAAUAGUACCUGUAAAAACAUAUUCUAUAACCAGCAGUCAGGGUCCCACUCAUGAAUUCAAAAAUGUCCAGUAAGAGAAAGACUGAUGCAGAAGGAAGGGAAUUUAAUGAUGGGAAAGCGAAUACAUGUUUGUGUUUCAAGGAGAAAAAACAGUAUGUCUUUUGUGUUGAGACAGUGUUUGUGAUUAAGGAGCACAAUGCGCAUAACCGAGGGGCAAACACAAGGCCUGUGGGUCGAAUCUUAAAAUUACAUUCAGCCCUUCAUGUCGCAUUUGAGAUGGACAAGCGACAUAGACCAAGUUCUUCUGAGAUGUAAAUAGAUCUACCAUUUAUUGCUACAAGUGCACUUUAUAUAGUCUUUACCAGUUCACAUGUCUUUUUACUAUUGGCUACAAGUUACAUCAGUAACAUCUCAUUGGCUGAUUUUGCUGUCAUCGAUAUUACUCUUUAACUCCCUUCUUUCUCACGAAUACACCUUAAUAUCUUCAGACACUCCUUUACUCCCAUCCUUCUCACGGGUACCUCCCUUCUUUCUCACGGGUACACCUUAAUAUCUUCAAGGCUGUUCUCUGUUCCCACACCCCCUUUCAGGGAAUCCAUGGACCUGCCAUAGUUUCCCACAACUCCCCCUUUGUGUAUUUGUGCUAAAAAAAUUGCCUUCCUUGUCUGAUGCAGGGCCCUUUGCAGCAGAGAAAUCAUGCAUGGCAACAUUAGUAACACAAUCACAACCAUCAUCAAAACAAUCAGUCCCGUUUUCACUACUGAUAACAACCACUGGAAAUCCCCAACCACUAAACAAUUUAUUUAACCAAUCCCAUCCAUCAUCAGCUUGCAACUUUUGUAAUCCCUCUUUCCAUAAUUGUAUACUUUUAUGAAUUGAUUCAGAAUGAUCAGACAAGUUCAUAGAGCACAUACCAUCAAAUUCUUCACACCCAUGUCCUUGAGCUAACAACAAAAACUCUAUUGUGGCUCUAUUCUGCAGUGUAGCAUGUCUUACAGAAUCUACAUCUAACAAAAGUCCACUUAAAGCCUUAAAAGUUCUGUUAGGUUGCUUAGCUAGCCAGCAUCCUAAUUUUUCUAAAGUAUUUAAAGCUUUAGCUGUGCCAACUCCAGGUACAAGAGAUCCUACAACCCUUAACCCUGAUUCCCAAAGAUCUACAUUAUCAUUACAUUUUGACUCAUAUACAUGCAAAAAGCAUUUUUCCUGUCUUGCUCUUCUGUGAUCUAUUAUCAUAGAUACAUUGGGUGUUAAGAGAGUUAAUCGUCCCAAACUACACGGUCCUUCAACAGCAUUAGAAGGAAUUCCUAGCCAGGCUUUAUCUCUGCAGAUCAAGAAUACACCAUAUGGAAGUUUUCAGGGUCACCAUCCCACAUUGUUAACAGCACCUCUUGGAUUCUUCUGCGAGGCAUUACACCACUGAAUUUCAUUUCUAUAGUGACCAAGGGUAGCAUUAACAUUUUGCAGUUUUAUCCAUUCAUGCUCUUGCAUAUUGUUCUGACACUUUGCCCAAACCAGUUGGAUACAAGUGUCCAUAGGCACAGAUCCCAGCAAUUCCAGUUCCUGUGGUUCAAUAUCUGCUUCUGGGAGGCAACUAAUUCAAAGUGCCAUGUUGAUAUUAUUACAGUUUGUUGCAAUGCCUUUGCACCAAUCACUAUUUUGCAACAAUUGUGUGAUGCUGCUGUAGUCAUCAGGGGGGAUGCCAACCAAACACGUGGAACAGAUUUUCUGGAGAUGCCAUAGCUAGGCAUACGGAGUCGUGGCCAGCCAUGUUUGCUAAAGUAAUCCACAUGUUAGUCUUUUCUGUGCAGGCAUCCAAAACGCAGCAGCUGCAGCAAUCAUCAUUAGGAAGGCAACACAGGUUUCACAUUUUGCACAGGCAACCAUUGCGGCGCUUGAUCUGUAGAAACACAAGCAUAGCCUCUCCCCCAGGUUAAUAACUCAUGUGGACCCAUCCAUUGUCUCUUGGGCAAAUCCCUUAUCAACACUUUUACCCCUGGACCCACUCUCUCCUGAGCCACUAAAGAGGAAAAAUGACAUAGAAUGGGUGGUGUCUGGGCAUCAUCAAAAACCUGCAAAAAAUUUAAAACAUCCAUGGCUUUAGCCAAGCGUGCAUCAGGUGGCUCACCCAACAUUCCCCCUUUUUGUUUUUGGAGAAAAUGCUUGAGUGUUCCAUGGGCAUGCUCCACAAUGCCUUGCCCUGUAGGAGAAUGGGGAAUACCUGUAACAUGAGAUACCACCCAAAGCUGUAGAAAUGAAGCAACUUUGUGGGACACAUAUCCUGAACCAUAUCUGUUUUUACCUGCUGUGGAACACCCAAAAAAGAGAACGCACGCUGCCAAUGGCGUAUGACAUCUCGUGCAGUCUCUCCAGUAUAAGCAGUGGCAAUUAAGGUAUCUAUAGAGAAAUGAACAUUCUUUAACUGCCCAAAUUCAGAUAUAUGUGUAACAUCAGUCUGCCAAAUUUGCAGAGUUCAAAGGCCAUGAGGAUUGGUGCCAUAAUAAGUAGGAAUAUGCUGACCUUGACAAUCAGGGCAUGCAGCAACAAUGGUAUGUGCCUCAGAAUUUGGGAUGCCAAAUUGUCGUCUCAAAGCACGGUAGCCUUGAUAAUAGAAAUUAUGCUUAACAUCAGGAACAGGUCCCAAAGCCACCACUGAAAAUAGAGAAUCUGCUUUCACAUUCCCCUCUCCUAUGAAGCCUGGCAAUAUGGUAUGACUUUUAACAUGCGUGACAUAAUAUUAAUAACGAUGCUUCUGAAUUUCUAGCCAUAACAGUUUUAAAAUACCAAAUAGCUUUUCAUUAGACACGUGUCCCAAUACAGCUUUAUCCAACUGUUGUAUAAAAGCCUGGCCACAUAAGCAGAGUCUCUUAAAAUAUUCACAGGGCCAGGAAAGGCCCAAACCACUAUGGUCAUUGCUCUAAGUUCAACCACUGGCAGUGACCCCUCCUGAUAUUCUAUGUGAUGCUGCCAUUGUGACCCAUCCUUCCAAACAAUGGCUGCCUUGCCUGUUCUUCCUGAUCUGUCUGUAAACACUGUAGGUCCAUUUACUGGGCUAGAUUGAUUCAAUUGCUUCUGAGAAAAUUUCAUGUGACUCCCUAAUUUAAUCACUGGAUGUGAGGGCAAAUGGUAACUGAUUUGACCCGUAUAAUUCAUCAUAGCUGCUUGUAGCGCAGAACUAUUAGCCACCAUUCGAAAUAAUGACUCUGUACAGGAAGCACAAUAAUUUCUGAGUCUCUUGCCAUUAAUUCCAUGCAACGUGAUCUGAUUUUAAUAAUCACCUGAGCAACCAGUUCAAAAAGGCCUGGGGCUGCCUUUUUAAAUUUGGCUGGCAAAAAGACACACUCUAAAAUAUGUAAAGGAUCUCCCCACUUCUCAUGCCAUUGUGCAAUCAUGGCAAAAGGUAUGCAUUGAUCAAUUAAAACAAUUGCUUGUAUAAGUACUGUCAAAUCAAUUCUCCAUACAUGUUUGUUACUGAUUACUUGUUCAAUUUCUGCAAUUACCUUCUGUGUUUCUGCUGUCAGAGUACGUGGGGCAGAAAUGUCAGUGUCUCCUCACAAUAGGUCGAACAAAGGUUGCAACUGAGAAGAGAGGAUUCCUACAUAUGGUCUCACCCAAUUAAUCAGUCCUGCCAAUUUUUGUACGUCAUUCAGUGUCUUUAAUUUCACUUGCAACUUUAUGGGUUGUGGUGUCACCGUCUGAUCUAAAACUUUCAUGCCCAAAUAAAGCCAUGGCUGUUGUUGUUGCACCUGAGAAGGUGCAACAACCAGCCCAUACUGAUUCAAUGA